CAGAUUUCAGUUUCAGUUUAGUUAUGGCCUCAUGUAGCUUGCCUCUGUCUGAUUCAUUCAGUCUGAGUGGAAACCCUGGACAACACACAGGGGAACGAACAGAUCCUGAAACAGAGGUCACAAAUCACGUUGGAUUUGAUAACCUCUGUGUGACAGUCUCCUGCUGCAGACAUGGCUGAAAACACUCCACUGCUGAAAGGAAGAUCAACAUCAUCUGAAUCCAAGAUCAAUGACUCCAAACUGUAUCUGGCUGUCUUCUCGGCCAUCUUGGGGAACUUCAGCUUCGGUUACUCCCUGGUUUACUCGUCACCGGUCCUGCCCCAGCUCCAGAGCCCCGAUGUGGACCCUCGGCUCAGGAUGGGUAAGGAGCAGGCCGCCUGGUUCGGCUCCAUCUACACCCUGGGAGCAGCCGCCGGGGGGCUGGGGGCCAUGCUGCUCAACGACCUGAUUGGACGGAAGCUGAGUAUCAUGACGUCAGCAGUGCCGUCCACUAUUGGUUACUUGCUGAUGGGAGGAGCUUCGGACUUCUGGAUGCUCCUUUUGGGCCGUUUCCUCACAGGUGUUGCCGGGGGGAUGACGGCAGGAUCAAUACCUGUUUACAUCUCAGAGAUCUCCCAUAAAAGAGUGAGAGGGGCUAUGGGCUCCUGCCCUCAGAUCACCGCUGUGACUGGGGCCCUGGUGCUCUACGCCCUGGGUCUGGUGUUACGGUGGCGGUGGUUGGCGGCGGUGGGGGGGGUCCCGGCUCUGCUGAUGGUCGUGCUUCUGGUGUUCAUGCCCAACUCCCCCAGGAGGCUCAUCAAACUGGGGAGGGAGCAGCAGGCGGAGAAGGCCCUCCGGUGGCUGAGGGGGGAACACUAUGACACACAAGUGGAGAUCAAUGACAUACAGCACAGCAUCAACACACAGGCUAAAGUCACAUGGUCGCAGCUGGCCACACCCGUGUACUACCGGCCAAUCCUCAUCUCAGUGGGGAUGCGUUUCCUGCAGCAGAUGACGGGCAUCACACCCAUCCUGAUCUACAUGGAGCCCAUCUUUGCCAAAAGCAAAGUCUCCCUGCCUGCCAGGUAUGAUGCCGCCAUUGUUGGAGCGUUCCGCCUCUUCGCUGUUGCCGUGGCAGCCAGUCUGAUGGACAGGGCGGGACGCAAAGCCCUGCUGUACACGUCGAGCCUGUUGAUGUUUCUGUCCAGUCUGACUCUUACCAUUAUCUCCCACACCACACCAUGCCCUCCAGGCCCCGCCCCUCUUAACCUCACUACGAGCUUAGACUACAUCUCCCAUGAUGCCAUUGGAAGCGCUUUGGACGCCAGCCAGCAAACUUCAGCAGGCCUCAUUCCUCUCAUCAGCACCAUGGUGUUUAUUUUUGGAUACGCCAUGGGAUGGGGCCCGAUCACAUGGUUGCUAAUGUCGGAGGUGUUGCCGCUGGUAACCAGGGGCGUGGCUUCAGGUCUGUGUGUGGCCGUCAGCUGGUUGACGGCCUUCGCCCUCACGCAGGCCUUCGUUCACCUGGUGGAGGACUACAGCCUGUUCGUGCCCUACCUGUGUUUCACCGUGGUGUGUGUGUUCUGCCUGCUGUUCACCGCCGUGUGUGUCCCAGAGACUCGAGGUCGAUCGCUUGAGGAAAUAGAGAAUUAUUUCAGGACAGGAGGGACAUUCACCAUCACCCGGAGUCCUUCCACUGAACAGACGUAGAGAUACAAAUAUAUAUAUUGUUACCAUGGGAUAUCUCUAAGAAAGGGCUAAUGUAGAGGGUUUUUAAUUUAAUAUAUAACCAGUGGUGGAAUGUAGUGAAGUACAUUUAUUCAAAUACUGCAGUAUAAUGUUACUUUACCUGAGUAUUUCAUAUGUUAUGCUACUUUUUACCUCUACUCCAUACAUUUUUAAAAGCCAAUAUCGUACUUUUUUGUCCAUGACAGCUUUAGUUAUUUUACAGAUUCAGAUUAUUACGUAAUACAAAAUAUAAAUGAACUCAUAAUGAUGAUGUGUUCAUUGAACAGCGUUGGAAAUGUACAAGCUACACAGCAGUAUAAACAAGCUAUUAUCCAUUAUGACUAAUUUAUGUACUUUAAGUUUAUUUGAUGCCAACAUGUUCUUUUAAUCAAACUUUGGAUGCAAGAGUAUAAGCACUUCUACACUGUGGUAUUGCAACAUUUACAUAAAAUAUCACACAAGUACUUUUUAAUCAUACACCUCGAACACAAACCGGGUAAUCUAAUCACUGAUGUAAAUGCCAUGUACAAACAAGACCUGAGGGUUAUGUAGGGUUCAUAAUUUAAAAGCAGAUCUGAUAAAUAGCAAGGCCAAAGACCACAAUAUCCUCAAAUAUGUAAUAACCAUGUGAACAAACAGGUUGCCAGCUGUCUGAAAAGAAUCUUGGUUCAUCAACUCCUCUAAAUGAAGACAGGAAGUGACGUUCCUGGCCCAGCGGUGGCUGAGCAGGACAGGUCACAUGCCACAGUCUGGACUCACUGUCUGACUCAGCCAGCAUGUACUUUCCUGCCCCAUCUUCAUAGUUGCUUAGCAGCAGGGCUCAUCAUUAUUAUUUAAUACACUCUAUUUUGAUUCCUUCAUUCAGAAUAAUGGGUAAAAAUUAGGACGCAUCUGUAGAUACUAGAAAAUAAUUCAUCAUCAAAGGUACUGAUGGGGAUGUGAAUGCACACCCUCAAUAUUUACACUAACCUUUAAUACUUUAGUAAUUUAAUUGAUUGUAUUAUGAUGUAAGGUGGUCCUUUUAUUUUGUCUAUACACUGUUUUUAAAAGGUACAUUUGAGGGGAUGGAUCGAAUUCAGUAUUAUGCAAUCAUAUUCAAUUCUGUCUGGUCUGUACACUGUUUGAUUGACAUGUUGAGUCUGUCAAAGAAGGGAAGAGACAACACAGGUUUCGGUGUGUGUGUGUGUGUGUGUGUGUGUGCGUGUGCGCGUGUGCGCGUGUGCGCGUGUGCGCGUGUGCGCGUGUGUGCGUGUGUGUGUGUAUCUCGUGAGCUGCACCUUUCUAAAGCUGUGUGUUCAUAGUCAUGUCAGUCGAUAGAAUAGCUUUAGCGUAGCAUUAGUGUCGGAAUGUUUACUUGGUAAACCAUUGUGUUCCUACACAUACAACAGUACAUAUAAGUCAAACCUUUUCAAUGAAUUGCAGUAACAACAGUAUUACCCCAUUGUGACAUUUCAUGUUCUGAAUUCACAGUCACAACCAUUUUUUUUAUAACGCCUACAUGUAUGAAAUAGAUGGCUGUAUACAGAUAGAAGAUUACUGCUAAUGUGGUUCAUUUUUGGAUCCUCGCUAUAAUGUAAAAAUAGGGCAGUGUUUGCCAUCUCUUCACUCAGGUAUUUUUCCAGAGGCCCUGAAAACUGCAGUCAUUAAA